AUGUCGCCCACAGGUUUCCAUAGGCUCCAGGGGUUUGACGGCCUCCAUGAUGGGCUGAGAUCCCCAGAUGCAGAGUCAUUGCGCUCAUUCACCGAAACCAUCCAAGACGAAUACCACGAAUGGGUUAGCGAGUCUGGUCGAUCUUCGCGAACUAAUCAAUUACUCGACAACUUCCCGCAACCUCCGAGGCAGGAAAAUUUGGAUGCCAUUGAGGAAGAGAUGGAAGUCUAUCCCACGCCAAAACCUUCUAUCAAGAGCUUGCGUCGCCACGCUACGGCCAAUGAGCUGCCUCUUCUACAACAAAUCAAUCCAAAUGAGGGAGCACCGGAGUUUAACCCUGUCAGUGAAGAGAACGGCUCAUAUGAUCUCAUUGCGCCCUACGAUGGCGGUGAUCUCCCACUUUACAAGCUGGAACGAAUCGCAGACAUCAUGUUCUCAUCGGAGCAUAUGCUCACAAUUCUAAACAACCCCCGAUAUCUAGCCCGAUUCCGGGACUUUCUUCUCGAGGAACGGCCGCGAUCGAUAUCUACCCUCACAUACUAUCUGAAUGCCUCAAAAGCGCUCAAGGCAAUACAUUACGCUAAUGCGCUCGUGCGUCUCUCGGUGGACGUGCCUCCUCCAGUAGUCCAGACUGAUGGGGAAGCUGCUGGGGUGACCGUGAAUCUAGUUUUGGAGCAGCGCGUUAUAGACGGGCUGUUGGCUCUUACUGCCGAGGAACUUCCUGCAUUCAUCACAUCAAGAUGUAUUGCAAUUACAAGCAAGAUCGUUGAGGAGCGAGUCCGAGGGACUUUGCCAAUGAAGUUCCGCGGGACUUCAAAUGCACUGGCAGAAGUAUUUUGCUUGACGGACCCAUCGCGACCUGAUAAUCCUAUCAUUUUCGCAUCAGAGGAGUUCCACAGAACAACACAGUACGGCAUGGACUACGUGCUUGGGCGAAAUUGUCGUUUUCUACAAGGUCCGAAGACAAAUGCGAACAGUGUUCGCCGUCUCCGCGAAGCUAUACAUGCUGGCCGGCAUCACUCCGAGAUGUUUCUGAACUAUCGUCGCGACGGGUCACCAUUUAUGAACCUACUCCAAUGCGCACCCCUAUGCGACAGCCACGGCCGUGUCAAAUACUUCGUGGGCGCACAGAUCGACGUCUCGGGACUCGCAAUGGAGGGUGCUUCAAUGGAAUCCUUGAUGGAACUACAAAGCAAAUACCGAGACCAUGAUGAAGAGAGUAUUGCGGAGCCACCAGAACCAGAAGAGAAGGAUGAGUUCCAAGAACUAACUGAAUUGUUCAGCCCGCGGGAACUCUCCACUGUUCAACAGCAUGGUGGGAAUCUGUUCCAACCUACCAGAAGCCUCGCAUCUCCGCAUCACCCGCGAUCGUGGUUGCAGCCUGACAUAUCGCUGGAAAGAGAGACCGAACCCAUUCGUCUGCGUGAUAUGAAAUCACCUCUUUUACGGACGUCUUUUGCGGGCGUGUAUGAAAACUAUCUCCUCGUUAGGCCUUACCCUUCCCUCCGGAUUCUGUUCACAUCACCAGCCCUUCAGAUCCCAGGCAUGCUGCAAUCACCAUUCCUAUCACGUAUCGGCAGUUCGUCGGCAGUGAAAGACGACCUGCUACAAGCGAUGAAGGUUGGUCGCAGUGUGACUGCGCGUAUCAAAUGGACGACACGCUCCAAUCCCGAAGGGCGCAAUCGCUGGGUCCAUUGCACGCCUCUACUCGCGAGUAAUGGUCAAGUGGGUGUGUGGAUGGUUGUAGUUGUGGAUGAUGGCUGA